AUGUCAAGUGACAGAGACGCGUCUCUCCCUCCCCCGCCUACCAUCCGCAAUUCUCUGGUCGACGACACCGUCCGCAUCCUCCUCGCCACAGACAACCACAUUGGCUACCUUGAACGCGACCCCAUCCGCGGUCAAGACUCUAUCAACACCUUCAGAGAAAUUCUUCAACUCGCAGUCAAGCAUGACGUCGACUUCAUCCUCCUCGCAGGAGACCUCUUCCAUGAGAACAGGCCCUCACGCGACUGCCUCUACCAGGUCAUCGCCCUACUGCGCGAGUACACGCUUGGCGACAGGCCUGUUCCGGUUGAAUUGUUGAGUGAUCCCAACGAAGGACAGGCGGAAGGGUACAACUUUCCUGCGGUAAACUACGAAGACCCAAAUUUGAACGUUGGCAUACCCGUAUUCUCGAUACACGGCAACCACGACGACCCACAGGGCGCCGGCACUCAAGGUGCCCUCUGUGCACUCGAUGUCCUCUCCGUUUCCGGCCUGCUCAAUUACAUGGGCAAAUUCGACCUCCCCGUCUCCUCCUCCGGCGACCCCUCCAAUUCCAACCCAGACCCCAGUGCAGGUGGCAUCGGGAUCCGCCCCGUGCUACUGCGCAAGGGACGCACGCGUCUGGGCCUGUACGGCGUGGGCAACGUCAAGGAUCAGCGGAUGCACUUUGAGUUGAGGAGCAAUCGCAUGAAGAUGUAUAUGCCGAGGGACAAGGACGACUGGUUCAAUGUGCUGUUGAUUCAUCAGAACCGAGUACGGCACGGCCCCCAGGAGUAUGUCCCCGAAGGCAUGUUCGACGACAGUGUCGACCUCGUCGUCUGGGGGCACGAGCACGACUGCCGGAUUGUGCCCGAGCCGGUCGCUGGUAAACCGUAUUUCAUCACCCAGCCAGGCUCGUCGGUCGCCACCUCGCUCGCGGACGGCGAGGCUAUCGAGAAACACGUAGCACUCCUCGAGAUCCAGCACAAGGAAUUUCAGCUCAAGCCACUCGCGUUGCGCACCGUGCGCCCGUUCGUGCUCGAGGAGAUCAUCCUCUCCGAGAUCGCAGACGAGGAGAACGUCGAUCUUGGCGACCAGAUGGCUAUCACCAAGUUCCUACGCGGGAGGGUCAACGCCCUCAUUGACCGCGCCAACGAGCAAUGGGACGACCGCAACGCCCGCGCGCUCGACGAAGGCGACCCCGAGCUCCCGCGCAUGCUGCCCCUCGUCCGCCUCAAAGUCGACACCACCGGCGUCUCGGAGAUGUCGAACCCGAUCCGGUUCGGGCUCGAGUUCACGGGGCGCAUCGCGAACCCGCGCGACGUGCUCGUCUUCCACCGCGCCAAGGCCAAGGCCGCCGCGGGCGGUAAGUCGGGCGGCAGGGCGGACGAUCCGCUGGAGCUGAGCAUCGACGAUCCGAGCUUGAGCGCGGCGGAGAAGCUGAGUAGGGUCAGGGUGGCGACGCUGGUGCAUGAGUAUUUGGCGGCGCAGAAUUUGCAGCUGCUGGGCGAGCAGGGGAUGAGUGAUGCGAUUCGGAUGUUUGUGGAGAAGGACGAUCCGCAUGCGAUUCAGCUACACGUUAAUGCGGCGCUUAAGUCGCUCAUGAAGGGUGUGCAGGCGAACGGGGAGGUGGACGAGGGAGAGCUCGAGGAUGUGCUCGAAAAAGUCCGCGAACAACACGAUAAAGCCUACACAGACAAAACCAAGGACGGCAAGUCCGCAAAGGCCAAGGGCAAGCAAAAAGCCAAAGGCGACGACUCGGACGCGUCCGUCGACAGCAUGAUGAUGGACGUCGACGCUGGUGCCAACAACAACUCUGACUUUGGCGAGGAGUCCGACGAGCCUGCGCCGCCGACGAGGAAAAAGGCGGCCGCCCCAGCUAAGAAAGCGGCAGCGAAGGCCCCGGCGAAGAAGGCCGCGGGUGGGAAGGGGAAGAAGGCGGUGGCCAGCGAGUCCGAGGGCGAGUACAUCGAACUGGACGAAAUUGAUGACGAUGAGGAGGAAGAAUCGAUGCCGAAACCCACACCUGCCAAGCGCACGAACCGAUCGUCCGUGCUAAGGUUCGUCGCUCGCCCUUCGCGCUCCCGCGUCCGCCUUCUUCGCUGGGUUAUCGCGCUGACCGAAUCCACCCUGCGCUGA